GUUUUCAGUACGCAUGCGCUAUAAAUUUGGAGGAAUAUCAGUAUGGCGGAAAAAAGUCCUGGGUAAUAUUUUCUCAAAAUUUGAAGAAAUUGCAAUAUUGGUAGUUUAUCAGUAUGGCACAUCAACUUCAGUUAGAGAGGAAAAACUACAGACAGUGGGUAAAGGCUGGUUUAGGACUUGGAUAUUUAAAGGAGGGACUGGUACCAUUCUGUAAUGACAUAGCUGAUCAACAACAUAAGGAUAUCUUACAAAACAUUCGGUCUACAAAAUCACUACCAUCAACUGCGACGUGUGGCAGCUGUCAAAUUGAUACUCUCAAGCCAGACCAUAAGCCAGUUCCUGGGAAUGCUGGAAACAAAGUUUGUCCUCAUGGGCAAGUAAGAUGCAGCUGUUGCUUUAAGGGUAAAACUGCUUGUCCGAACAACAUAUGUGGCGCCAUCUAUGACUUUAUUGUGCAAAAUCAUGCAUCUUCACCACCUUCACCGAACUGGAAAAACAGCGAUGCUCAACAGUGGUGCACAGACCCUUGGAGCAUUUGUCAGUGUUUUAUAAAUGCUCCAGGGUACGAGCAGAAGCAAUCUGCUAGUGAAACUGAUUGUACUGGGUUAAUACACCUAUUGAUGAAUAACCAGUAUUUUCAUAGCCACAUUGCAUGCGAUGUCUACAAAAAAAACAACCUGUUUGUAAAGGUUCGUCAGUAUAGGAAUGAUAUUUUUCACUCAAGCAGUAUGGAAUUAGAAGAAAGUGAGGCAAAUUCUUAUAUUGACGAUAUGAUUAAAGUUUUACAAGAUGGUAAGGAGCUAUUACAACGAUCAGAUGCCCAGAUAGCCGUGAAGAAACUUGAAGAUCUGAAGGAGAAAGACUUCAUUAUAACUACUGAAGGGUUUGAAGAAGUUCUGAGACAAAUCAAGGCAGAAAUGGGAAAUGCUCCAACUAAAGAGGAAUACGAGGACCUCAAAACACAGAUGUCAAAACUAAAAGAGGAGAUAAAAAGACUCCAAGUAGAAGAUUCUCCACAACAAAAACAGCUAGAAUUUGAAAAGGCUAAAUCAGAAUGGCGGAAAGAGCUGAUUGAACAGUAUCACAAAACCCUGCUGCAGGUUCCUACAAUACCUUUACAACCAAAAAGUAAAAAAUGUAGCUUUAAUGAGAUUUAUAUUAGGCCCCAAAUUAUGAGGGAAAUGAAAGAAGAAAAGGGAGAGAAAAAGGAAGUUGAGGUUAAAACAAUGUCUGAAAUGUUCACAUAUAAUGGAGUUCCCCAAAAAUCUGUGUAUAUUCUAGGAGAUGCAGGGUCAGGAAAAACUAGUUUUUGUAAAUACCUGGUCAACUGUUGGUGUUUGGCACAUAGUGAGCAACAAGAAGUUAACAGUGAAAAUGAGGACCAUGGGGGUGGAAAUGAAAAACAUGGAGGUGACAAUGAAGAACAUGAAGGUUAUAAUGAAGAACAUGUUGGUGAUAAUGAAGAACAUGGAGGUUACAAUGAAGAACAUGUAGGUGAUAAUGAAGAACAUGUUGGUGAUAAUGAAGAACAUGUAGGUGAUAAUGAAGAACAUGGAGGUGAUAAUGAAGAACAUGAAGGUGAUAAUGAAGAACAUGGAGGUGAUAAUGAAGAACAUGGGGUAGAUAAUGAAGAACAUGGAGGUGAUAAUGAAGAACAUGGAGUUGAUAAUGAAGAACAUGGGGUAGAUAAGAAAGAACAUGGAGGUGACAAUGAAGAACAUGGAGGUGAUAAUGAAGAACAUGGAGGUGACAAUGAAGAACAUGUAGGUGAUAAUAAAGGACAUGGAGGUGAUAAUGAAAAUGAAGCUGACUAUAAAAAUGAGGAGCAUUGGGGCAGAAAUGAAAAACAUGGAGGCGACAAUGAAGAACAUGGAGGUGAAAAUAAAGAACAUGACGGUGAUAAUGAAGAACAUGGGGUAGAUAAUGUAAAUGAAGGUGGCAAUGAAAAUGAAGCUGACAAUAAAAAUGAGCAUGAGGGCGGAAAUGAAAAACAUGGACGUAAUAAUGAAGAACAUGGAGAUGAUAAUAAGAAACAUGAAAAUGAAAAAGAAAGUGAAGAUAGCAGUGGGAAAUAUAGAAAUGACGGUAAAAAUGAAGGUGGCAAUGACAAGCAUGGAGGUGACAAUGAAGAACAUGAAAAACAUGGAGGUGGCAAUCAAAAUGAAGGUGGUGAUGAGAAACAUAAAGAACAUGGAAGUGACAUUGUAAAUGAAGAGGUAAACGAGGAACAUGGAGGAGAUAUUGAAUAUGAAAAACACAUGGGUGGCAUUAAGAAACAUGGAAGUGACCGUGAUGACAUUCAGGAUGAAAGUAAUGACGUAGCAAACUCUGAAUUAUACAGUGAUGACUCUGAUGGUGACUUGACAGACUCUGAAUAUCACAGUGAUGACUAUGAAUAUGACAAUAAAAGUUAUGAACUUAAAUUCAAUGGUGUAAAAGAGCUGAAAAGAUUUGAUUUUUUAUUUUACAUCCCUCUUAGACAGUAUCAAACCAUUAACACUAUUGAUGAAAUGCUUCAACAACGUUAUCAAAUGAAAAUGUUAAACACACUUCUUGAAGAAGAAUCUUCUAGAGUUAUCAUUUUGCUUGAUGGCUUAGAUGAAUGGUCAUCUGAAAAUGUCCCAAAACAUAGCAUCUUUAAGAAGUACACAAUAGUAACUACUUCACGGCCAUGGAAAUUUCAUACAUUAAGAUCAAGUGAUGUGGAGAUUGAACAGUCACUGAAACUGAAAGGGUUUGAUUUUAAAUGUGAAACGGAAAUGGUACAUAGGACUGUCUCACUGUUAAAUGUUAGAAGACAUGCUAAUAAAGAAGCUAGAGAUUGUAGGAAAAAGCUGAAGGAAAAGUCUCUGAAAAGUUUAAAACAGGUACCAAUUAUGCUGCAACAACUGAUAUGUCUAUGGUUUGAUGGUAAACUCGAUAAAACCUCAAGAUGUGCCAUCUACACCGGUAUGUUAGAAUUAUUCUUCACCUGGAAUGACAUGAAAACUACAGGAACAAGUACUGGCCUCAUGAAGGGUACCCAGAAAGUAAACCUCCCUCAAUAUUUAGCAGAUAAAACCAAAUUAAGUUUAAACAGACAUUUAAUUCAUGAAGUGUCACAGUUGGCUUUUGAGACACUAUUUAAUUGUCAUAAGAAUAAGUCCUUGUCAUUUGACAUUUGUAUGUUUGAUGAACUAGAAAUAUCAGAUGAAGUAAGAGAAAAUUGCUUGAAACUUGGAAUAAUUACAGAAGAUGAAUGUCCAAAUUUAUCUGUAUCAGAACCAUCAAGCUCAUUGUUCUCUUUUAUUCACAAAUCAAUGCAAGAAUUUCUGGCUGCAGUGAAUAUUGGUAUCAAUUUCAAUACAAAAAUUGGUUCAUCAGGUAAUACAGGAUAUGUUGAAUUAGCCAAAAAGUUUAUUUAUGAGGUUUUUCAGAAAUGUUCAACAGUAAAUGACAUAUUAGAGCAGUCAAAUGUUGUCAUUAUGCUAUGUGGUCUAGAACCUAGAUUAGCAACACCUGUUUCAAAAUACAUAUAUGAUACUGUGUCAGAAGACUCUCGUGUUCAGGAAUACAGGAGAACAAUAACUAGUACUUAUUGUAUGAUUGAUAGUUAUAUUACUGAUAUUCAAAAGCUUAUAAUUGAGUUAAUAGAAGAAUUAAAUGCAGCAUGUAGUGAAGGAAGUAAUCCUGUGUUUUAUAUAGGAGAUUUGAUUAUUGAUAGAUUAAAUCUGUAUUGUGAUAUUGAUAUAGUUUGUUCAAGCAUUGAUCAGCAUCAUAUUGUUCCUGAAUCUGUUUUGUCUAUUAAUGUAGAUAACAUCAACACAAAAAAUGUUAGAUUUACAAAAUAUUUACCAAUGUUUCAUCAUCUUGAAAAAAUUGAAAUAACAUUAGAUAGUUUAUCAAGUACACAGAGUAAUGAACAGACAAUUGAUGAGAUAAACAAUUGUGUUUCUGAGACAAUAAAAGUAAAUACUUUAACAUUAAAAUCUCUGUCUCUUUAUAAUUCCCUCGUCACUAACAUAUAUUACCCAGUGAAUAAAACAGUUGUUAGCAACCUACCUAGUAUGGUCAGUCUUGUAGCAAUAAGUAUAAGUUUUAUAACAAUGAGUCAUGAUGAUACUACUACAUUCUGUAAUUUUCUUGAGGGAACCAGUCAUCUUGAACAAAUACAUCUUCGCUAUGUUGAUUGUGAGUGUAUGAACCAGCAUGAUGUUAAUUUAUCAAAACAUCAACAACUUAAUUACCUUAAUUUGGAAUGUGCUGUUAGAAUGAUAGAUGUUGAUGCUACAAACCUUGAAAUAUUUGGAUUUGGGGAGUUGAAAGAUAGUAAUGAGAAAAUAUUUGAUAUUAUUAAAAAAUCUUACAAAUUAAAAGAACUUCUAUUGUUUGUAGAUAAGUUGAGUAAAUCUCAAUUAUAUCAUGCCAAUAUAACAGAGAGACUAGUCAGAGUAUUAUCAUUGUUACACAAUCUCAGUAAGCUUCAGUUAGAGUUGUGUAGGUUAACUGACAAUAUAAUACAGUUACCUUUAGAGAUGAAGAGUUUAAAGGUCAUUAAUCUUAAUACUGUAAUUAUGAGUUUGACAACAUGGCAGAAGUUUGUUGAUAGUCUUCCUAGUAUUCCCCAUUCUGUAGAUGUCAGUUUAAUGUACUGUGAUAUAACAGGAGAUGGUGAGGAGUGUAUGUUUACAUUGACAUUCCAAGGACUUAAAGGAAGGAAGAGAAAUGAUGCUAUACAGCAUGUAAAAAAUCAGAAUCAGUUAUUUCAUGUUAAAAAUGAUGGUGAAGAAUGCUUUCAUUUUUCAACAAAAAGGUGAGAUACAUGUAAUUUACAUGUUAAGCAUGAUGAUUACUUUUUGUUUGAAUUUUCAACAAAAAAAGUGAUUAAGUAUACAUGUAGUAUACAUGUAGAUAACAUAGUGUUUAAGAAAACUUAAUUAGUCCAUGUUAAAAGUGAUGAUAAAUGUGUUUUUUUUUAUUUUCUACACAAAAAUGGUUUGAAUUUUUAACAGUGAUGUAGGAUACUUGCAGUAAACAUAGUAUUUUAACUGAAGUAUUUCAUGUUAAAAGGACAUGAUGAAUUUGUUUCUUUAUUUUCAUAAAAAAAUUAUACUAAUGUCAAGUUAGAUAUUUACAUAAUGUUGUAAAGUUAAAGAAUGAAUAUAAUGCAUUAUGAUAGAAUAUAAAUCAUGCAAAAUAUUAAGUUGUUUAAUAUUGAUUUCUGGUCAUUUCAACAAAAUGCAUUUAUAAUAUUGAAAUUGAAGAAAAUAACAUUCAAAUUGUGUUUAUGAAUAAAUAAAUGGAAAAAAAAAUGAAGUGAAAUAUUAUAGAUAUAUUGAUCUUAGUAAGGGUAAAGGUUAUUUUUUUUAAAGAUCAGGUAUAGUUUGUGAAAAAAAAACUGAUUUGAAAACAGUAAUGUUAUAAUUAUAAAUACAAAAAAGAUAUGUAAAUAAACAAGUGUAUAAAUAAUUAAUAAGUAAAUUUAAUAGAAAUAUCAUAAAACAAAUGUUUAAUGUACAAGGUCAGAAAAAGAAAAAGAGUAAUGUAACAUGCAAAUACAAGUUAUAUGAUAUAUAAGACAAGGGGAUUGUAUAAAUAAAUACCAGUUUUGGAAUAUAUAGGACAGGAAAAUGGUAUAAAAAUACAAGUUAUAUGAAAUAUAGGAAAAGGGAAUGGUAUAAAAAGUACCAGUUAUUUGAUAUAUUGGACUAGGGAUUGGUAUAUAAAUGAAUACCGGUUAUAUGAUAUAAAGGACAAGAGAAUGGUAUAUAUAAAUACCAAUUAUAUGACAAGGGAGUGGUAUAUAUGAGUAUCAGUUAUAUGAUAUACAGGACAUUUGAAUGGUAUAUAUGAAUACCAGUUUUAUGAAAUACAAGAUAGGAAUAAAAUAGUUUAUAUAAAUUACAGUGAUAAUAUAUAUAGGACUAGUGAAUGUUAUAUAUGAAUACCAGUUAUAUGAUAUAUUGGACAAGGGGAUGGUAUAUGUAAAUACUAGUUAUAUGGAUGUAGAAGUGAACACCGUAAAAAUACUAGUUAUAUGAAUGUAGAAGUGAAUGUCUGUGAAAAUACCAGUUAUAUGAAUGUAAGUGUAGUGAAUCUUCUAUAAAAAUACCAAUUAUAUGAUAUAUAUGACAAGGAUAUGGUAUAUAUAAAUAUCUGUGAAUAUGAUAUAUAGGACAGGGAAACUGUAUAUUUUAUUACCAGUGAUAUGAUAUACAUGUAUAGGAUUAUAUGACAAAUAGGACAGUAAUUGGUAUAUAUAUAUUUUUUUUUCCAUUGAGAUGAGAAACAUUUACGUGUUUUAUUUAAGAGAUUCCUUCAUUAUUUGUUUUAUGUUGUAAAUAUGGAAAAAAAAGUUAUAUUUACUAAAAAUCAUGCAAGACGAUUGAUGUGUACAAGUUUAUACUGUUACUUAAUAUUAUUCAAUUUAGCGAAAGGAUCUCCACUGAGAUCUUUUGACAAGAUAGGAUGGGAAUUGUUUUCGAGGUUUCAUACUAUUUGAUAGUAAAUAAUUACAACAAGUAUGAAAACGACAGUUACCUAUGUGAAAGUUUAGAAUUCGAAAAAAAUGUGCUUUAAUCACAUGUUGAAAAUUGUAAAAAAGGGAGAUAAUAAUUUAGAAACAUCGUUUUCAAUCAGUAUAUUUUAUAAAGCUAUCAAAUAAAAUGAAAAUGAUCUAUCUAUUAUCUAUUCAAAAUAUGGUAUUAUGCUCAAAAUCAAUUUAUGUUAUAUGAAAUAAUGAAAAAAUAUAUGAAUACAUUACGAAUAAUGUAGUAUAUAAAUGUAACAAUCAAAAUUAUGCGUGAAUAAAGGGAGGUAAUUAAAUACUUAUAUCAUCGACAUAAAUAUUGUAUUUGUAUAGAUUUAAAUAAAUUAAUAACAUUUUUAGAUACAGUGAAUGACUACUAAAAUAGAACAGUCUUUUUAUGCCGAUAUGUACUAAAGAAAAUAUUGACGAGUUUGUAAAAAGUUGCAAGUAUAUUUACUUGAAAAAUGAUUUUAAAAUUUGUAAAGCACUUUUGCAUUCAAACCCUUCGGAUAAAUUGUUUCUAACUUAUGUAUCCAGUAUGUCUCUUUUAAAAGUCUCCCCAUAUGAUCAUGAAGUUUAUCAAUCGGCAUAAAGGAAAAGUCAUCAAGUGAGUGAUCUUCGGAAUUGAAAUGAAUUGCAACAUUAGAAGAAAAAUUGGGAUGAUAAUUACUUCUUAUAUCAAAUGUAUGGCUGUUCAUUCUUUUUGAUACCUGUUGAUGGGUUUGGCCGACAUACUGUAUUUUACAUUUUUUACAAGUAAUUAAAUAAAUCACGUCAUUAGAAGUACAAUUUCCACCAAAAUGCAUUUCGAAUGUUUCUCCAGUAUUUGUACUUGUGAAUUUACUAUUUUCUUCAAUAUUUUUACAGUGAGUACAUCUUUUUCUAUUACACUUAUUAGUUUUACCGUUCAUAUUCCGUUUAUUUAGAGUUGAAUGGGUGAGGGAAUCUUGAAGAUUUUUGGGAUGGCUGUAUGCUAAGAUUGGUUUACGAUUAUGUAAAUUUUUAACACAGUCAUUUUCUGACAACAUUAAAAGAUCCCAGUAUUUAUUUAUUAUAAGACCAAGAUGGGAAAGAGACGAAUUAUAUGGGAUAACAAAUGGUAUGAUUUUUUGCUGCUCUGUUAUAUUUUGGUUAUUUUCCAGAGCUUCUUCUUGGGUUGAAUAUUUUACUUUUGCAAAAGCAGAUUUCAGCUUGCUAUCAGGAUAAUUUCUGAUCUUGAAAAAAGAUUCUAAAUUGAUUAGACAUUCAUGAAAUUUAUCAUUGUCUGAAAUGAUACGUCUGUAACGUUUAGCUUGGCUGUAUGGUAUACCCUCUUUACAUUUAUUAGGGUGGCAUGAGUUAUACUCCAGAUAUUGAUGGGCAUCUGUAGGUUUUAUAUGAAUUUCCGUUCAUAAUGUACAAUUUUCAUUUUUAAGAAUCUUAACAUCAAGAAAUGACACAUUUUUUUUCGAUAUAUUAUAUGUAAAUUUAAUUGUAGGAUGACAUGUAUUUAAUUUGUUUAUGAAAUCAUGUAAGGCACUUAUAGAAUGAUCCCAUAUCAUAAAUAUAUCAUCUAGAAAGCGGAGCCAAGUCGUAGGUUUAAGGUCAUAACUGUUUAAAAAAUCAGAUUCUAAUUUACCCAUGAAUAGCGAUGCGUAUGUAGGGGCCAUAGAACUACCCAUAGCGGUACCUAAAAUUUGUAAAUAAUUUUCAUUAUUAAAUUGAAAAUGAUUACUUUUAAGUGUCAAUUUAAGAAGAGUGCAUAUUUCCUCCGUUGAUAAUACACUACCACAUUUUUCAUUAUCAAGAAAGUAUUUACAAGCAGCUAUCCCAUUUUCAUGUGGGAUAUUUGUAUACAGUGAAGUUACAUCCAAAGUAACAAGUACUGAAUCUUUUGAAAGUUUAGGUAAAGAUUUUAAUUUACGCAAAAAAUCAGAGGUAUCUUUCACAUACGACGGUAAUGAUUUCAUAUAUGGUUGUAAUAUAAAGUCAAGGUAUUUUGAAAUAUUUUCUGUAAAAAUGUGUAAACCAUACUAUUUGAUAAAAAUAUAUAGUUCAAUAACUUGUGUGCAAAUUUUCAGAUCAUUUCCUCACUUUUUUUUCUAAAAUACUAGUUAUCACUUAAGCUGGACUAUUCAAAGACUAAGGAGAGCUACUUAAUUAUCCAAGUGUAUAAAUCGGCAUCACACUGGUUGAAUUUCUGCUUGCAAGUUAGUAUCUAAAACUUCUGAACUUGAAGGAAAUGGGUUGAGAUGCUUGAUUUCUGUGGUCAUCUAACAUGAUAAACACAAGUUCUUUAACUCUGAUUUGCCUUUUUGCAUAUCUAUGUGCCCUUUUCACCUUGAAUUUCAUGGUUAAGCUUGUGCAUGUAACUUGGUAUCUCCAUAACUACAGAUGGGGAUGGAAUGGAAAUUUAGACACAUAUUUGAGUGUAUAAUAGGUCAAUGUCCAAUGAACAUUACUAAGACAUCGAUUUUAUCAGAAUUAUUGCCCUUUUUGUGUCGCUUUAAAAAAAACACAUAUAGUGGUUACUUCUGUCAGCACUAUAAUUCAGAUUGACUCCAAACUUGGUAUGCCUGCUUCUUUCAAUGAACUGAACUGUAGUGCAUCAUUACUCUGCACUUCUUAUCUUUUGAGUAAUUGCCCUUUGUUAUUUUUCAUACUUAAUUUUUGUCCGAGCCAUUUCUCCAACAAUUAAAGGUAUGGACAUAAAACUUCAUAGGAUUAUAGAUCUCAUUAAGAAGAAGUGCAGUGCACAAGAACCGGUCUCUGCUCUUUUUAAUUUUUCAGUUAUUGCCCUUUGUUAAUUCUCAUACAUUAUUUUUGUCCGAACCAUUUUCUCCUAAACUAUAAAACCUAUCAACUUGAAACUUCAGAGGAUUAUAAAUCUGAUUGAGAAGAAGUGCAGUGCAUAAGAACCGGUACUCUGUACUCAAUGUUUUUUUUAAGUUAUUGCCCUGUGUUAAUUUUCAUACUUAAUAGACUUGUCGAGAGCAUAACUUGGUCUUUUUAAGUUUGAUUGACUCCAGAUUUAGUAUGCAACUCUUUUUCAUUGACCUGAAGUGCAGAAUCCAUCACAGGGUCCUCCAUUUGAUCUUUUCGACAGUACUGUACAUGUAUUUGAAAUUGCAGAAGCAAAUUUUUAUUUUAGGGCAAGGUCCAUUUUGGGGGUCUAUACAAAUAUUGGUGCUAUUUUGAAUAAAAUACCCUCUUUCAACCGAUAACCAUGUAUUAUGAACUUAGUUAUUAUCAUAACAAAGUUUAAAUAUUCAUUAAAGAAGUUUAGAUUUACAUUAGAACUGAUUACAAUAUUUGAGUAAAAACGAUCAUGUACAUGUGUUAUUUAUUGGUUAAUUAAACUUGUUGUCACAAUUUUGUACCAUGUGAACAUAAUGUUGCACAUAUUUGUAACAUGAAAUGUUUAUUGAAUGUAUCCAGUACAUAUGUACACACAUGUUAUUAAAUGUUUAUUGUAUACUAAGAAUAUAUACAUGCGUGUGUAAUUCUUCAAUUGGUUACACAAGUUUGAUUUAAAGGCCCAUUAAGCCUUAAAAAUGCUAUUACUUUUAUUUUUCAAAAAUGUGCCUCAUUGACCAUCUUUUUUGCAUUUUAGCAAUUAGUACAGUAAUGAUGAAUAAGUAUUUUAUAUGGAAGUCAAAUUACAAUUUGUUUACAUUUGCUACCCUAAUCAUAUUUUUUUUCAAACUCAAUAUUUUGUCAGUUGUCAGGAGAUAAUAAUAUCACAUGUUCUAAAUCUAUUAUAACAACAUUAUAAAACACACAUUUGCCCUUUUUUACAAA